UAAACAUCUCCGUCUCCGAAACGCUUUCACUUCCUCAAAACCCUAGCGGCCACAGAUCAAACCCAAGCUUCGGUCCAACUAGGGUUUUUCAGAGUCCAAGCUACAACCAUGGCUGACGUUGAAACCGAUGUGGCGGCGGCAGGAGUGCCGAAGAAGAGAACAUUCAAGAAGUUUAGUUUCAGAGGGGUCGAUUUGGACGCCCUCCUCGACAUGUCCACAGACGAGCUCGUCAAGCUCUUCAGCGCCCGUGCGCGCAGAAGGUUUCAGAGGGGGCUGAAGCGGAAGCCCAUGGCCCUGAUCAAGAAGCUUCGCAAAGCGAAAAGGGAAGCCCCAGCUGGUGAGAAGCCAGAACCAGUCCGAACCCACCUUCGGAACAUGAUCAUAGUUCCCGAAAUGAUUGGAAGCGUUAUCGGCGUCUACAAUGGCAAGACCUUCAAUCAGGUUGAAAUCAAGCCUGAAAUGAUUGGGCAUUAUCUUGCAGAAUUCUCAAUCUCCUACAAACCUGUCAAGCAUGGUAGACCUGGUAUUGGUGCCACCCACUCGUCAAGGUUCAUUCCUCUCAAGUGAAAUCGUUACCGGAAACCUAUAUGUUUAGUCUUUUUUUUUCUGAGAAGCUUUAUGUUGAUCAAAUUUUUGUUUGUUUCUCCGGCUAUGUUUUAAUGUUUCUAUGCUGAUGAACCCUUUAAUUAGAUGAAAGAACUUCAGCUUAUACUCUUCUGCAAAGCUGGUGCCUUUGGUGU